AUAACUUGCAGUUAUGUCAUGGGUAUUGGCGAAGCCGAGGCGUUUUCCGAGCGAUUGAAGCGAGAGCUUCAAGCAUUAGAAGCCGCGAAUGUACAUGCAAUUUUGGAGAAUGAGCCUUUGAUACAAGAGGUGUUACAGGGGCUUGAGUCAGCAACAAACUGCGUUGAGGAUAUGGACGAGUGGUUAUGUAUUUUCAAUGUAAAACUACGGCACAUGCGAGAGGACAUUGAGUCGAUUGAAACCCGGAAUAACAAACUGGAAAUGCAGUCGGUAAACAACAAAUCGCUAAUUGAGGAACUUGAUAAGCUUCUUGAAAGACUGCAUAUACCAUCAGAGUACGUAUCGUGUCUGGCUGGGGGGUCAUUUGACGAGACAAGAAUGCAUGAAAAUAUAGAUGCGUGCGAAUGGCUAGCCGAUGCUUUACGGAGCCUUGAAGUACCCAAUUUGGAUCGAACCUAUGCAAAGAUGAGAUCUGUUAGAGAGAAGCGCACAGAACUUGAUAAGUUGAAGACCACGUUUGUUAGAAGAGCAUCCGAGUUUAUGAGGAAUUAUUUUGCUAGUUUGGUGGAUUUCAUGAUAAGUGAUAAGAACUAUUUCUCGCAGCGUGGACAACUAAAGAGGCCCGAUCAUGCGGACCUGCGGUACAAAUGUAGGACAUACGCUCGCCUUUUGCAACACAUGAAGAGUCUCGAUAAGAAUUGCUUAGGACCUUUAAGGAAAGCUUACUGCGGCUCUCUCAAUUUGCUUUUACGACGAGAGGCUCGUGAGUUUGCAAAUGAGCUUCGUGCUAGUACAAAAGCACCAAAGAUUCCAACUGUGUGGUUCGAUGGUUCUGCAGCCUCUAAUCAAAGUGCAAAUAGUGCAGUAGACACAUCUACGGUUUCCGAGGCAUACUCCAAAAUGCUCACGGUUUUCAUUCCGCUCCUUGUGGAUGAGAGUUCCUUCUUUGCGAACUUCAUGUGCUUUGAAGUACCAUUAGGCGGAAGCUCUAAUGAUGAUUCGGGUACCACGGACAUCGAUGACAAUGACAAAGCUGCAGGUAAAAAAACUGCGGAUCUGGAGGCCUUAAACGUGUCGCUUUGUGAUUUGCUCGAUGGAAUACAAGAAGAUUUCUAUGCUGUGGUGGAUUGGGCGUGUAAGAUUGAUCCACUGCGUUGUAUAUCAAUGCAUGGAAUUACUGAACGCUAUAUUUCCGGUCAGAAAGCUGAUGCUGCAGGGUUUGUCCGUAUUUUACUUGAUGACAUUGAGAACAGAAUUUCGAAUCAGUUUAGUCGUUUUGUUGAUGAAGCUUGCCACCAGAUCGAAAGAAAUGAGAGAAAUGUUCGGCAGGUGGGAGUCUUGUCAUAUAUACCCAGGUUUGCUAUUCUUGCAACACGUAUGGAGCAGUACAUUCAGGGACAGUCGAGGGAUUUGGUUGAUCAGGCUUACACAAAAUUUGUCACCAUAAUGUUUGUGACGUUGGACAAAAUCGCUCAAGCAGACACAAAAUAUGCAGAUGUUUUGCUCUUAGAAAAUUAUGCAGCUUUUCAGAACAGUCUAUAUGAACUGGCUAACGUUGUAGCCACUUUGGCAAAAUUUUACCACCAAGCGAGUGAAUCUUACGAACAAUCUUGCACGCGCUUUAUAAGCACAAUCAUAUACUAUCAAUUUGAACGACUAUUCCAGUUUGCUCGCAGAAUAGAGGAUUUAAUGUGCACAAUCACACCCGAAGAGAUACCGUUCCAGCUUGGAUUGUCGAAAGUUGAUCUACGAAAGGUCGUCAAAUCAAGUUUAUCUGGGGUUGAUAAGUCCAUCACUACAAUGUAUAAGAAGUUGCAGAAGAAUUUGACCUCCGAGGAACUGUUGCCUUCAUUAUGGGACAAGUGCAAGAAAGAGUUCCUCGACAAGUACGACAGCUUCGCGCAACUAGUAGCUAAAAUAUAUCCAGGCGAGAAUAUACCAGAUGUCUCACAAAUGAGAGAUUUAUUGGCUUCCAUGUAGAUCGAGGAAAAAAAUGUAGUUCUUUUUUUCUUUUUC